AUGGAAGGGUGUAAGUCAGCUGCAACUCCAAUGAACCAAAAAGAAAAGUUUUGCAGAGAAGAUGGUGCUGAAAAGGUUGAUGAAAAGUUGUUUAGAUCCUUAAUAGGAUGCUUAAUGUAUUUAACUGCCACCAGACCAGAUAUCAUGCAUUCAGUGAGUUUGUUAUCAAGGUACAUGCAUUGUGCUAGUGAAAUUCAUUUUCAAGCAGCAAAAAGAAUUCUUAGAUAUGUUAAAGGCACAUUUGAUUAUGGUAUAUGGUUCAACAAAGUUGAAAGCUUAAGUUUUCAUGGAUAUUCAGAUAGUGAUUGGGCAGGAUGUGUUGAUGAUAUGAGAAGCACUUCUGGUUACUGUUUCUCACUUGGUUCUAGAGUUUUUUCAUGGAGUUCCAAAAAGCAAGAAAUUAUAGCCCAAUCAACAACAGAAGCAGAGUAUGUUGCUGCUGCAGCUGCUGUCAAUCAAACUAUUUGGAUAAGAAAGAUCAUGACUGAUUUACAUAUAUAA